GGAAAUUGGAAGAUCCUACGUAUGUUAUGUACAUAUUUGGAGUACUUACAGCCAGCUAGCCAGCCAGCCAGCCAGCCAACAGUCCGACGAAAUACGAUGCGUGAACGGGAUAUUCAUCUACUACAUACCUACAUACAUAGCGUCUCGUGCAGCCAUGUCUACGAGCGAGCGGCGUUUAUAAAACACUGUCUGUCUGUCUGUCUUCCGUCUCGCCCCGUCCAGUUGAUCCAGUCCAGUCUAGUCUCCGCGAAUCCGCAUACCAACGAUCAGAGCCCGACCUACCUACCAAGCUGUCGCUGCCCGCCCGCCCGCUCGUCGAGUUCCAUCGCACGGGAACCAGCCAACGUCGACACCACAUCGUUCGAACUUCGACUUGCCGAGAAAAUCUGUUCCAGGUAUGUAGCCUCCUCUCGGGCACCGACGAUAUACACGCUUCAGUACCCUUCACCACCACCACAGCGUACAUACCGCUCCGACACCCAGCAUGCCAGCCGCAGCCUCCGAGCCACCAAGAAGCCCGAAAACCGCGCAGCGUCUCCGCUAUCUCCAAGCAUAUGUUGCGGCACUGGACCGGGCGGUCUCGACGCCGCGGCCCGCUGCUAUCCGAGGUCGUGCCGCCACAGGGAACCAGUCACCCAUCGAUCCGCUGCGGCGAUACGUGGGCCAGAGUGAGAACGAAGACCCGGCGGUGGUACUUGCGAGGAGGGGCUGCUCCUCGGCUGCAAAGGAGGAGGAGGAGGAUGAUAGCGAGCGCUCGUGAUGCUCAAUCCUUUGGAUCUCUACCACUUUUGUUUUCUUCUGUUUUCUUUUCGUUCUUUUACCCGACGCUUCUAUCUCCGUUUUCUUUCCUUUUUUUGCGUGCAUGUAUGUAGGUCUGGAUCGGGUGCAUACGGAAAAUCGCGGAAGAUGGGGGUGCUAUUCGGGAGCUGGGAUUGCAUCGUUCGGCGGGGUUUGCUUUUGCUUUUACUGCUAUAGGGGUUGGGGGUUUAUUUUGUUUUGUUAUUUCGGGGAUUUUCUCCUCUCCAUACAUAUUCUAAUUCUUCACCG